AGCCGCGCGAGUACAGCCCUCUGAUAGCCCAAUGCCUGCUCGCCAUCGUCCGCCAUAUUGUGUAAGAGGUGGCUUACAAGUUUGCGGGGGAUAUUAAGGAAAGAUAAAUCUUCGUUUUAUAGACUAUUUGGUUUACACUUUCCCGACGGGAGCCCUCGAGGGUGAGGGGGCGCUCGGCGAGAGGACAACGGCAGCUAAACUCCGUUUACAGAAGACGGCCCCUUGAAGCACCCGAAGGAAGCGCAGGAGGAAUUCUUUUAAUUUAAGAAGUUUGGUAUUAAUUGCAAUUGGAAGAACAUGGACCAGCACUACAAACGUCGCCUUCUUCGUCAGAUUAACAUCCAAAAUGAAAAUGACAACCCAGCUGUUGUAGAGCUGCAGAGAAUGUUGAGUCCUACAAAGUCUCCGUUGUCCUCACCCAGCAAACAUGGUGACAGAUUCAUCCCUUCUAGAGCUGGGGCCAACUGGAGCAUCAACUUUCACAGGAUAAAUGAGAAUGAAAAGUCUCCAAGUCAAAACCGAAAAACCAAAGAUGUUACCUCUGACAGCAGUAAAGCUGAUGGUCUAGCAUACUCUGCCUUGCUAAAGAAUGAAUUACUAGGAGCUGGAAUUGAGAAAGUUCAGGAUCCACAAACAGAAGACCGGCGGUUACAGUCGUCAACACCAGAACAAAGAAGUCUUUUCAGUUACACUCUGAGUGCGAAACGUUCAAGCCUAGAUGAUGGAAAUGACAUCUCUCCUUAUUCCUUGUCUCCUGUAAGCAGCAAAAGCCAGAAGUUAUUAAGAUCACCAAGGAAGCCAACCCGGAAAAUUUCCAAAAUUCCCUUUAAAGUUCUCGAUGCUCCUGAACUGCAAGAUGACUUCUACCUUAAUCUGGUUGACUGGUCAUCUCUCAAUGUUCUUAGUGUAGGCCUUGGCACUUGUGUAUAUCUAUGGAGUGCCUGUACCAGUCAGGUGACCCGUCUGUGUGAUCUGUCUGUUGAGGGAGAUUCAGUUACAUCUGUAGGCUGGUCAGAAAGGGGGAACUUGGUUGCUGUUGGAACUCAUAAGGGCUUUGUACAAAUUUGGGAUGCCGCUGCUGGCAAGAAACUUUCGGCUUUAGAGGGACAUACUGCUAGAGUUGGUGCAUUGGCGUGGAACGCAGACCAACUUUCUUCUGGUAGCCGUGACCGUAUGAUUUUGCAGAGGGAUAUCCGAACACCACCUAUGCAGUCAGAACGGCGGCUACAGGGCCAUCGCCAGGAGGUGUGUGGCCUAAAAUGGAGUACUGAUCACCAACUGCUGGCCUCAGGAGGCAAUGAUAAUAAGUUGCUGGUUUGGAACCACUCAAGUGUUGUCCCAGUGCAGCAGUAUACUGAGCACUUGGCAGCUGUGAAGGCUAUUGCCUGGUCACCCCAUCAGCAUGGUCUCCUUGCAUCUGGAGGAGGUACUGCUGACCGGUGUAUUCGCUUCUGGAACACGCUGACUGGCCAACCUCUGCAGUGUAUUGACACCGGCUCUCAAGUCUGCAACCUGGCGUGGUCCAAACAUGCCAAUGAACUGGUCAGCACACAUGGUUAUUCACAGAAUCAAAUUUUGGUGUGGAAAUAUCCUUCAUUAACACAAGUUGCCAAACUGACUGGACAUUCCUAUAGAGUUUUGUACUUGGUAAGUAACCAGAAAGAGAGAAACUGGGAGAGGCAUUGGUUCAUGUUGGACACUGGUUGUGCUCUUUUCUGUAAAGAAGAGCUACAGUUUAGUUAGUGAUUGUCUAUGGAA